UGCAGACACUCCAGCUGGACUGAGGACCCAGCCAUGUCUCUGCUGGCAGCUGUGCUGCUGCUCUGGGGCUUCACUCUGGGACCAGCCACUGCUGUGUUCGUCUAUACUUCCAGCGAAGCUACCCUUUGGGCAGACCCUCAGUCCCUGCUGCAACCCUGGGCCAACCUGACACUCACGUGUGAAGCUGAAUUCCCUACCAAGGACUUCCAGCUGAUUAUGAACGGAUGGCACCUUGACCAAGUCCACCUUGAUAAAUACGUCAGGUCACACCGGUUCCAGCUGGGAGCAAUUACAAGCAGCAACAGCGGCCUCUACCGCUGCCGGUAUGGCGUGGAGCCCCCCACUAGUAAACUGACCGAGCUGAACAGGUGGACAAUGCUUAGCAAUCCUGUCGAGGUGACAGGGACAGAGCCCUUGCCCCGACCCUGGCUUACUGCCGAGCCAGUGCCCUGGAUCACCUCUUUCCUGGGCACAUACCUGCAGUGUCAAGCUGCACUGCGGGGCGUCACUUUCCUGCUGAGGUUGGAAGGAGAUGAUAGCUUCCUGAUGGUGACUACAGCCCAAGAUAUGGAAAAGGCCUGGUUUGUAGUCCGCAAACCUGGCACCUACAGCUGCAGCUACCGGACUCAUGCAGAGGGCGUCCCCUCUGAGCCCAGUGCUUCUGUGACCAUCAAAAAGUACGCCACACCGCCUCCGCCCCUUCUGUAUUUUAUGGGAAAUUACCCAGUGGUCCAGCGUCGGAGCACACAUGAGACCCUGGCCUGCAAAGCGCCUCGGAAUGCGGCUGAAUUCCAACUCAGGCGUGGCGAGAAGGUGCUAAACAUUCGUGGGGUGAGCCCUCUCCGAGACCUCAGUCUCUACUACCUGAACUUGACCGAGCUGGAGGACCAAGGCCCUUUCACCUGCCGCUACCGUCUGCACAGAAAGUUGGACACUUGGUCUGAAGACAGUGAACCCAUAGAGCUCAUGUGGAGUGACGAGACGCUGCCGGCACCCACGCUCACUGCGGAGCCAUCAAAUCAGAACCUUGAACCUGGCUCGACCGUGCAUCUUCGAUGUACCGCACCCAAGGCUGGCCUCCGCUUUGGCCUACAACGCCAGGGUGACUCCGAGGACCCCCUGCUCCAGAUGCUAAAACCGUCUGGAACCGAAGCUGUCUUUGAGCUGCACAAUAUCUCGACAAUAGACUCUGGCAACUACAGCUGUAUCUACAUGGAACAGGAACCGCCUUUCUCAGGGUCUGCUCCCAGUGAGCUCCUGGAGCUCCACGUGAAAGGGCCACCACCCCGGCCAAAGCUUGAAGCUCUGUGGACGGGCGUUGUACCUCUGGGCCAUGAAGCCCACUUUCGUUGCCACGGCCACGUGCCCAAGGUCAGCAUGGAGCUGGUACGUGAGGGCUUCCGCAUACCCUUCUGGAUGAAUCAAGCAAUGACAAGUACCUCAGCUGAACUGAAGCUGCCCUUCGUGGGUCCCCAACACACAGGCAACUACAGCUGCCGCUAUACAGCCUUGUCGCCCUUCACCUUUGAGUCAGGAACCAGCGACCCCGUGGAGGUUAGAGUAGAAGGUAUCUGACGUGACUGCAGACACAGGUAUCCUUGGAAAAGGUUGAAGGCAGGAAGAACUCCUAUUCUUCCCAACGUAAGAUGCCUCUCCUUCAAUCUCCCUGGACUUAAUAAAUGUCAAACAAGA